AUGGUUCAAGCUGGAUUUUUUCGUUGUGACACUAAUGAUCGAAUUAUAUGUCCUUAUUGUGAUCUAACAUGUGAAAAAUGGACACCAUAUGUAGACAAUCCUAAGGAAGUACAUAAAGCACUUUCUCCUACGUGUUUAUAUGUUACAGAAAAAUUACGCCUUGUUGAACCACCACCUAUUAUAAAUGGCAAUAUUAGCUCAAUGGCAACUAUUGCAAGCAGUCCUGUUCGUGCGCCAAAUAAUACCAAUUCACCCUUACUGAGUACAUUUGCUCGUCCAGUUGCACAAAAUCAAAGUAAUAGCGUCGUUCAUAGACCGGCUGGUUCUGCCCCAACGUGUCCUGUUGAUAAUUCACUCUCUAUUGACGAGCUCAUUCAAGAAAACACUGCGUCUACAGAAAAUCAAUUUGAUGUAAAUAAAUUUUGCUGCAAAGAUUUAUUAGACCAUUGGGAUCCAGAUGAUAAUCCAACGAUUGAAAAUGAUCGCUGGUUUCCACAUUGGAGAAAUGGUCAGCAAUUAUAUGGUGACCAAUUAUAUCAUAAAAUUCAAGAAACCAAUCGAGCACACCAACUACGUACUAAUUUGAGGAAACUAAGUGAAAAGGUAAAUCCUGAUGUUAUAACAAAUACCAAUCCAACUUCAAAUAGUCAACAAUCACUCAUGUCUAAUGAAAGUAUUCUAUCCAUUAUUGAACGAUGUUGGCAAAGUCAAUUACAAGAAAAACAUGAACGUCUUGUUUGUUAUCGUGAUUUAUUAAUUGUUCGUUUUAUUCAACAAAAGCAAAUAGAACUUGGAAAAAAUAUUAUUAUACCAUGUGCAAAAAUGAAACAACUCCCAAAAGAAGCAAUAAAAAGAUACCAAAAAAUACAUGGACAAAGACAAAUAUCAGUUGAAUCUUGCAUCGUCUGUUUAAAAGAAGAAAAACGAUUAGCUUUCUUACCAUGUGGUCAUUUGGCAACAUGUGUUACAUGUGGACAUUCGUUCAAAGUAUGCCCAUUGUGUCGACAAGAAAUUAAAGCAUCUGUUAGCGUUGACAUUAACAUCUAG